AUGACAAUAAUCGCAUUUAUUUCACAAAAAGGAGGGGUAGGAAAAAGCACCCUGGCCCGAGCAUUAGCGGUGGAAGCCAGCAAACAAAAAAUACAGGUUUUAUUAGCCGAUUGCGACCCUCAGCAGGCUACCACAUUAAGAGAAGCACCUAAAUAUGACUUGACGAUAAUUGAUGGACCCGCAAGAACUAGCCAUGCCACCUUGGAAAUCGCUCAAAAGGCGGAUUUGGUAAUUCAGCCGACAGGUGCUAGCCGAGAUGAUUUGAUUCCGGCCGUAAAGGAAUUCAACGCACUAACCAAGGCCGGAGUAAGUAAAAAGAAAUUAUUAUUUGUGCUUACUCGCUUGUCUACUCCUGCCGAAGCCAAAGCGGUUCAGGAAUAUUUAACCACUACGUGUUAUGCUUGCUCGCCUUUUUUUGUCCUAGAAAAAGCCUCUUAUAAGCAAACUCAAAAUGAGGGAAAGAGCAUUACUGAAACUAAAUAUCUCGGAUUAGCUCAGCAAGCAAAAGAAUUAGUUAAUAGCAAGUCGUUGGGAGAAGCACCGCAAGAGGCCAGUCAAAAUAUUCAAGCCCCCGAAUUAGCUCCCAAGGAUAACCGCUUUACUGGUCGCACUAAGCGCAUUGCUUUUACUUGCCGUCCAGAAUUUGCCGAGGAAUUAAGAAAAAUGGCUUUUGAAGGGAAUUGUUAUCAGAUUGAAAUAUUAUAA